AUGAGAGAAAUUGUUUGCAUUUCAGCAGGUCAAUGCGGUAACUAAAUAGGAUAUAAGUUCUGGGAAAGAGUUUCUCAAGAGCAUGGAGUCGAAGAGACUGGUCUGUAUAACGGAAAUAAUGACUUAUAGCUCGAGAGAAUUGAUGUUUACUAUAAUGAAGGCUCAAGUGGACGUUAUGUACCUAGAUCAGUAAUGGUUGAUUUGGAACCUGGUGUAUUGGAUUCAAUUCGUGCAUCAAAAUACAGAUAACUUUUCCAUCCUGAUAAUUUCAUUCACGCUCAAAGUAGCGCUUCUAAUAAUUGGGCUAAGGGACACUAUUCUGAAGGUGCUGAACUUUAAUAGGAAGUUUUAGAUAUUGUCCGUAGAGAAGUUGAAGGUUGUGACAGCCUAUAAGGUUUCCAAUUCACUCAUUCUAUUGGUGGAGGCACUGGAAGUGGUAUGGGCACUUUGCUUAUUUAAAAGCUUAGAGAAGAAUAUCCAGACAGAAUUUUUUCAAGUUUUUCUGUUUUCCCAUCCGUAAAAGUAAGCGAUGUUGUAAUUGAACCUUAUAAUGCUACAUUGAGCAUUCAUUAGCUCAUAGAAAAUGUUGACUAAUGCAUGGUUAUAGAUAAUGAAGCUUUAUACAAUAUUUGCAUGAAAAAUUUAAAGAUUGAACACCCUACUUAUGGUGACCUCAAUCAUAUUGUCUCUGUAGCUAUGUCUGGUGUUACUUGCAGUAUGAGAUUCCCUGGAUAAUUAAAUGCAGAUCUCAGAAAAUUGUCAGUUAAUUUGACUCCCUUCCCUCGUUUACACUUCUUUACAGUUGGAAUAGCUCCUUUAUAUGGAAGAGGAUAGGCUUAGUUUGCCAGUAAAUAUGAUGUUCCUGAAAUUCUUUAGCAAGCUUUUAAUCCUCACAAUAUGAUGUGUGCUGCCGAUGUUUCUCAUGGAAAAUAUUUAACAGCUGCUCUUGCUUUUAGAGGAAAAGUAUCAUCAUAUGAAAUCGAAAAGCAACUACUAAACUUCUAACAAAAAAAUAGCAACCGUUUUACAGAAUGGAUUCCAAACAGUAUGAAGCUAAGUAUGUGCGAUAUAUCCUUGGAAUAAGUACCAAGAAGCGCUGUUUUAAUAAGUAAUAACACAUCGAUAUAAGAAGUAUUCAAAAGAAUAAAUGCUUAAUAUACAAGCAUGUUUAGAAGAAAGGCUUUCGUUCACUGGUAUUUAGAUGAAGGUAUGGACGAAAUGGAGUUUAAUGAAGCAGAAGCUAAUAUGAAUGACUUGGUGAGUGAAUAUCAAUAAUACUAAGAUUCAACCGUAGACAGUGAAGAAGAAAUUGACUUAGAUUAGACAUAGGCAACAUUUGGAGAAAGAUAAGAAAAACAAAAUAAAAAAUGUAACUCAAAAUAACAAUCUAAUAUUGCUUCAUCAAAUGAAAUUUGA